AAACCUCCAUUCCCCCUUCCCCCCUCUUCUGUGUCCCCGCUCUACCUGAAGGCCUCGGGGACCAACAGCACCAGUGGCAGUAUUGAGCCAUACCUCUCUGGUAUCAAAACGGGAAUUUUCUCAGGCCGAGUGCCCUCUCCUGCAGCAGCAUUUGCCCCUGGCCUAAGGAAGUACCCCCAGGAGGGGGCAAUGCCCUCCCUGACAGCCUCCUCCAGCCAAGCAAAGGCCCUGCUGGCAAGCCUGUCUGCCUCCGGUCUGAGCACUGAGGCCCUGCUCCUCUCCUCCACCCUCCGACAUCGCCGCCUUCUACGUGAGCAGCGAGCCUCCUCCUUGCCUCUGCCCAGCAGCCUGUCCACCCCCUCUACUCCCAAUGCUACCUCCCCCUCCUCUUCUGCCUCACCCACCACCCCAACUCCUUCCCUGUCUCCCUCCUCCCCAACCCCUCUGAGCUCCCUUAACCCCCCUUCUGCGGUUCUCAAGCCCAGCGGUUGUAGCUCCAGCCUCAACAGCUGCAAGGAGGAUGGCAAUGAGCAUGUGAAUAAGGACCUCGCCCCUGGCAGCACUCAGUGAUGAAGAGGAGGAGGACACGGGAGAAUUCAAGCACCAUCACAUUAUGAACCAUGACGAGAAAACAACUGCAUUGUGGAUUUUUUUUAGUGUCAUAUUUUAUUUCAGGACUUUUUCGCUUUUUCUUCCUCUUCUUUUUCCUCUCUAAUUUUGGCAUCACUCCAGUAUGCAGAGUCUUCAAAUUUCCAUGGCAAGAACUAUCGUACUGUAAAAGCAGUCACAAUCUUCUUCUUGGACAAGUUUCCUACUCUGAUCUGGUUCCAUAGUUCCUCUGCAGUUCUCCCACACAGUCAUACUGCCAGUCUGCCAGAAAGAGAGCGCACAAAUGGGCCUCCCCUCCUACCAGCUGCCUGCUGUAAGCUGAUGUGGUCUGGAUGGAUUUACUGACAGUAGCAGUCUCAUAUAAACCCUCACUCACUAGGGUUGUUAGUGGAAUAGACAACAUUUCUAGACUGUGACUUUUAUCAUAGAAAAUAGAACUGCAAUAAUCACCAAGUGAGUCCAGUAGUCGUGUGUGUUCAGGAUAAUAUUGCUCUCACAUCACCUGGCAGAAUGUGCUCAGAAAAAAAUCAAAAGUAGAUCAAGGUGAUGAUUGUGGUUUCAAGCUGUUUUGUGUUAAAAGGGCAUUUGUGGCUUUUCUUGCAUCACCUGUGUUUUAAACUCUGAACUGGUGCUAUAUUUUCCCCUCCGUUUGUACACACUGUGUAAAGAGUUUACAUGAUUGUCCUCAUGCCCUGAUCUCUGACCUGAUGUGAUCUGAUCUGCUUUGUUGCAAGCAUACAUUCCACUGUCUGACUUUGAUUUCAUGUCACACUGAAUACUAAUAUGUAUCCCUGCAGAAAGAAAUCCUUGCAUUGAAAAUUAGAAACAAUUAUGGGAAAAUCUUUGAUUUGAAAAAGACAGUGUAUUCACAAAAGCACAUUGUAGGGAGAAGUCCUAACAGCACAUUUAAAAUAGAACCAGGAGGUACAGUUACACAAACAGGAGAAAGGAAUGCAACUAGUGAAUUGUACAGACAUGUUGAAUUUCUGUAUAUGUGUAUUAACUAGUUAAUUAUGACAAUCAGGAUGUUUCCGCAGUAGCAUCUUACAGGUUGCUCUGGCAUUUUGGCACCUGACAUCACAAACCUUCCCAAAGACUCAAGCGCACACACAGUGAUGAUUAACACACACAUUUUGUCACACAGUCUGCACUUGUAAAGCCAAGCUGUUCGCAGAAGCACAGACUCUACUAGUUGUUUGUUUCAGCAAAUCUUGUGUGAUGAUUAAGGUUUUAAGUCACAUCUGUUGCACCAUUGAUAUCGAGCACUUUGGUAAAGUAUGCCACAUCGACCAGAACACAAUUUCACCCUUUAAGGAAUCUGAUCUACAGAGUGACGGAUGAAGUGGCUUCUUUUGGAGACACUUGUUUCUUUUGAACUUCAAAGUUACUCUGAUGGGAAGCAGCUUCCAAAGUUUUCAGCUAAAUUUGCAGGUCUUAUUGUAAAAUGGAAUGCCUUCUUAGAACAGAAUGUAUCUUUCACUGCAGUGAAGUGAUCGCACUUCAACAUCUAUGACACUGUUUCAACUCUUGAGUAGUGUUUGAAAGAUAAAGAGAGUUAAUCAGCACAUAUUUAGAGACUUCAAAUACAGCUUGACCCUCCAAGGGCCUGAGAAUAUAAAAAUAAAAAGCAAGCACAGUUUCCUCUCAAAUGCCUGACACUUUCCUCGAAUUUUGACCUUGUGAAUCCAGUUAAUUAUAACAAGCACAAAGCUAUAAAUGUUCCUUAAAGGAAGGAAAAAAAACAUCCCUGCAUAUUUAAAAUACCAUACAUUAGAUUACCAAUAUUACCGUUGCCUCAUUUGGUUUUAUUACCUGCAUGUUGAAACAUUUAUGAAUGUUAGGCCUUUGGUGUGCCUCAGUGACAGUAGUUUAUCACUAUUUAAAGCACAUCAAAGGCCUGUCAGUGACUCCCUAAGUGUAAACCCUGCACAAGGAACCAUUCUAAAGCUCCCUGUCCUGUGUUAUUGCCUUAAGGCUGCCCACUGGGGAGGUGAUGAGGUUGAACGGACAGUCAUAGACAAAGUGAUUUUUUAUUUUUUAUUUCAGUGGUUCACAAGAAUGACCGUGUGAAAUCGAUUCUUUGUGGCAUUGAGAUUAAAAUGUGCAAAAGGGGAUCAUGUCAAAGAGUAGGCAGCUUGAGGAGAGGGGAUUAGUUUGGGGACAUGUGUUUGAAGGCUUCUUUAAUAAGGCCAGCUUUGACUUGCCUUGUCUCUAUCGAGAGCGCUUGUGAUAUAAAAGACCCAAAGAGAUGAGAGGAAGGGUCUGACAGUCAGAGAGCCAUUAAGCGGCUGUUCUUUCCCUGCCCCUCUCACUUUGCUUUGUCUUUGGUGCGGGGCGUCUGUGAAAUAAAAACCACUCAGUUUGAGGUAAUCCUAGGACAAAGUUUGAUAGGCAAGUUAACAGUGUGUGCAAUAUGUAUUAGCACUCUUGCAAUUUUGCCAAGGCAGUGCUCUUUGCCUUUGUGAAACUCCUGCCUGUUUGUCUGCAAGGACUUGUUACCAUGUUUUUCCCAGUGCCUCUAAGACUUUGUUCUUACCAGAAAUCCCCAGUUGAUCUUGUAUUACAGUAUUAGAUCAGCAGCAAUGACAGAAUACCACUUUUACCCAAAGAAGAGGCUGCAAGAAUUGGCUUGUUCCCAUUUUUAUUUUAUUUAUUUAUUUUUUCAAAAAAAGAAAGAAAGAAAAAGAGAAAACAGCACUUGAAACGCAGAGUGUGUCAGGUUGCAGCGGUGGCAUUUGACUAAACACUCCCCGAGUUCUAACAAUGUGAAACUGCAAGCUCACAGCACAGCGAAUUACGCCUCACCCUGGGUGCUCUGUGGCUUCGCCAGGCAGGUUCAAGCCCUGGGUUUCAUAUUGAGUGAAGUCAAAUGAAAGAAAUUCACUUACUCAUGCUGUUCCACACUCAAAUCCAUAACUCUCCGAGUUAAGUUUGCUGCAUUUGCGUCUGGUGAGCGCUGGGGAGGAAGUAUUCACGCUUGGCUGCUUUCCCCAAGUAAAGUCGGAGAUGAAACCUCCCAGAAUUGCGUGACAGUGCUCUCUGGAAUGAUUUUUUUUUUUUUUUUUUUUUUUU